AUGUUAAAGCGCAUUCAAACUCAAAAGCAAGAGGCUGCCAAGCACCAGGAUUUGAUAGCCAAAUAUACAGAACUCAGACAGGCACACACGGCACAACAGGCAUAUCUUCUCAAACUCCAGCAAGAUGCGCGAUCUUCUCAAGAUUAUAGGACAACGAUAAAAAAGCAAGAACAAGUAAUACAAAAAUUAGAGACGCUGAUUGGUGAUGGCUCGGGUGUGGCGAGUACACAUAUAAUGAAUGCAUCUAAAACCAUGACCAAUACUGGCGUUUUUUCUUCGUCGUCAAUGGCAGAUUACAUGCGCGCUGAAAAGAACGAGGCCAGAUGUCUUUCGCUUGAACAAGAGCUGAUACGCUCAUCCAAAGAGUUUGGAAGUCAGAUUGCCAGCCUUAAAAUGAGAAAUCUCGAUCUUCUACAGCAGCUUGUUUCGUUAACUGGAAUGCGACACUCGCAUACAUACUCAACACCAUUCAACUCAUAA